AUGGCGAAUUUCUACGGCAAUGGGCUGGUGCGUUCUUACGGCGACGUGCCGCUGGGUUUUCGAUUCCGUCCAACCGAUCAAGAACUGGUCGGUUUCUAUCUUUCCAACAGAGUCAUCGCCGGAGAGCAGUUUAUGGCGUACUGCCGGAGCUUCUUGCACGAGUUCGACCCCUUCGGAGAGACGGAACCCUGGGUUAUCUGGGAGAAUUUCGGCGGACGUUCCCUUGUGGAUCAAGACUUGUACUUGUUCUACGAACUGCAUUAUCUGCCGUCGAACUACAUCAAACGCACCAUUGACGCCGGAGGCACCUGGAGCCAAAGCUCAUACAAGACGGUUAAGGAUUUUGACGGAAAACAAAUUGGAGAUAAGAGGUGCUUCAAGUAUAAGAACGAGGGGUGUGAACAGGACUGUGGCUGGCUCCUAGAAGAAUACAUUCUUAAUCAAACCCAAGAAAUCGUUGAUGGCAAUGGCUCCGAUCAUAAAUCCCGAAAGGUUGUUCUUUGCCGGCUUAAAAAGAAUCCGAGGUGCGCGAACAAGACAGAUCAUCCAACCCAAGAAUUGAAGGAGAAACCGGAGAACAAGAGAGCUAGGAUAAGUAGUUCUCUUGUGCACUUUGAUGAAAGCAAUAAGAAGAUCAGUGGAACUAAUCAAGAUCAGGAGUGCAAGAGCGGCAUUGACCUUAAUGCAAUGCCGCCAGAUUUUUCUGAUCAUGAUUGUCUCACGACGACCAGUGGCGUUUGUUCUUGUCCGAUAUGCUUGGAUGGCGGAGGUGGUGAACCGCUUUUGGAGGAUGAAGACGAUGAAGAUUCGCUUAAAGACGUCGACUUAUCGUUAGGACCAAAGGUGCUGCCUCAGUUUGACGAAACUUAA